UAAAGCCUAUACAAUAUUAUGUUCUAUGUAGACAUGUAGUGCUGCAGCAGCUGUAGGUGUUAGGCGAUUUGUUGAAAAGUAAUGCAAUUCAUUUUUAAAAUAAACGUUAAAAUUUGUUUUUGAUUUUUUUUCCAGGUUGCAAACGGAAUUAUGGAUGCUUACGACAAAUUGGAAAAGAUCGGAGAAGGCACCUAUGGAGUUGUUUACAAAUGCAUGGAACGUAUAUCGAAAGAGAUUGUGGCUGUGAAGAAAAUUCGUAUGGAAAUGGAAGAUGAAGGAAUACCGGCCACCGCUAUCAGGGAAAUAAGCAUUUUAAAGGAACUCAACCAUCCAAACAUAGUGAAUUUGCGUGAAAUCCUAAUGGACGAAUCGAGAUUGUAUUUAGUAUUUGAAUUUGUUCCUAUGGAUUUGAAGAAAUUUAUCGACUCCAGACCGAAAAAACAUUUGGAUGAAGGUACCACCAAAUCAUUUACGUAUCAGUUAUUAGUUGCUAUUUAUUACUGCCAUGUGAGGCGAAUACUGCACAGAGAUUUAAAACCUCAAAAUAUAUUAAUCGAUACCAAACACAACGUACUCAAAGUGGCAGAUUUUGGAUUAGGCCGUACAUUUGGAUUACCUAUUCGUGUCUAUACUCAUGAGGUUGUAACAUUAUGGUACAGAGCUCCUGAAGUAUUAUUAAACACUCAACGAUAUGGUUGUCCAAUUGAUAUCUGGUCUGUAGGAUGUAUAUUUGCUGAAAUGGCUCAUGGAAGGCCUUUAUUUCAAGGAGAUUCAGAAAUUGAUCAACUGUUUCGUAUUUUCAGAAUUUUAACUACUCCGAGCGAAGAAACAUGGCCAGGAGUUUCAGAACUUAAGGACUACAAACCAACGUUCCCAAAAUGGAGUGACGACCGACUGAAAGAGUCAGUGUCGAAUUUAAGCAGUGACGGUCUGGAUUUGUUACAACAAAUGUUGGUUUAUGACCCAAGCAAACGUAUCAGUGCCAGAGAUGCACUUCAACAUCGCUAUUUCAAAGAUCUUAAUAAGAAUAUUUUGCCAGCUCUACCAGAAAUUAAAUUUUAGUUUCAUAAUUAAUUUUUUACAAGUAUAUAGAUUGUUCUAUCACUAAAAAAAAAACAUUUUUAUACAAAUAUAUAUAUGUAGGUAUUUUAUUUUUUUAACGCCCGCUCUAAAGAAGCAGAGCUUACGGAGGAGUGGACGUAGUUUCAGUGUAUGUUAAUUAAACCCGCUUACAUUAUUAACUAUAAUUAUGAUGAUUAUAUAAUAUUUAUUGAACUGUAUUAAAAAAAAAAAACUACUUAUUUUAAGAAAUUAUUGCAGAGUACAAAUUACAACAUUAUAAUUUGUUUAUUUUAUUUUAAAAGAAAUUGUGAAAUAAAAAUCAAAGGAUAUUUUUAAUAA